ACCGUCUGUGCUAUCGAUAUUUCUGUCAAAUGCAACAACGAAAAGAAAAAAAUAGCUCACAAUACUCCCAAUAAUAGAAUUGGGACUUGUGUGAUAAACAAAAACAACCAACAAAAGCAAUAUUUAUAUUAAUACAAAAACAUAAUGGAACGCAACAAUGGACGUUAUCCCUAUAUUCGCCGCCAAGGCAGCGGCAACGGACCACACAAUCAUCAUCACCAUAAUAACGCAAACUCAUCGACAACGUCGUCGUCAUCUUCGCCGUCUCCGGCAUCCGUAACAAACACAUCGCCUCACAGCACACAAUACUCCAAUAAUAGCAUUAAUAAUGCAGCAACAAACACUAAUGUGCUGUAUGCAGCGGUGUCGCAACAGCAACAACAACAACCGCCGGCUGUGCCCAUAUCGCAGCACGAUGAAUUAAUACGUUACAUUCGCGAGGCUUGGAAUAAAGUUAGCGAGCAGGGUACGCCUGUUAUAUAUUGCAACGAAUCUGAUAAUCAAUUAAAAAAUUUUAAGCCAUUCAAUCUGGAGGAGUACUGGGGUCAGCGCCUGGUACAGAAUAUACAUGUAACCACAACACAUCAGUAGGGAAGAAUGCACAAAUCAACACAAUCUAUAAAACAGAGACAAUGGCGCAUAAUAACGUUGGCAUAUAAACUAAGUACAUAUGUAAAAUGCUUUAUAAACCACAUAUGUUUUGAAAACAAUCAUCAGCAAAUGGCAUAUUUUGUAAACGGGGUGCUGUUUCUACAUUUA